UGUCUCUCUCUCUCUCUCUCUCUCUUUUUCUCUUUCUAAUCUUGUUUCUCUAUGUAAUGUGAGAAAUGUUUUCGUGUUGUAAUAGAAUAAGCUCUGCUUUUUUAACAUUUCUUUAUUGUGUGUAUUUUACCCUUUAAUUGUUUUUUCAACAGUUUAAAGCUGCAACGAAAUCGCCAUAUACAGAAAGAGUGUGCGCAGGAUAAGAGCUUACACACUCUUUCUACUUUGAAGCAAAUACACACUAUAGACAUUAGUACAGCUUCAGAUAAAGCUAGAGGGAGGGAGCUUUUGAGGGAUGAGUAUAAAAAAAGAGGGAAUCACACAGGUGAUGAUGAUAGAUAGACGUGGUUCAUUGAAAGGUCCGCUUCUUUAAGGAGAUAAAAACAAGCACUUGAUAAUAACCCAGGCAUCCACAGAGUGAGAGAGAGAGAGAGAGAGAGAGAGAAAGACCCACUCCCAUGCUUCGUUCCGCGUGCUUUGAUGCAAAAUGAUGCGUUUUGAUUCUUGUUAUGUCAAAAGGCCCACCUUAAAAAGAUCUCCUACUUAACUUUUUGCAGGUUUUGUUUCUUGAUUUUGGACUCCCUGGAGGGUGAAGGCUUCUCUUUUGUGUCCAAUUGGAUUAGUUUUUUUGGUCACCCUCAGAUUCCCACGACAUGGUUUAAUCAAUCAUCCUUUUCCUUUUUUUACAUUGGAGAAACACGUAUAUGAUUUCAAGGGGAGUUUUUUUAUUGGUGACUGGAGGUGUUUUUAGUUGCAAAUUUGGGUUUCGGAUUAGAGACGUGAAGAUGGGAUUUUCUUCACAGUUCUACUGGGUUGGAGUAGUGAGUGUAUGCAUUUCAAAGAGAAGCACAUGAUGAUGGGUUCUGUUGAAGAGAAAAUCAAAACAGCAGGCUUGGUUGGUGGAGUUCAGACCAAUCUGCUCGAGGAAAUGAAGUUGUUAAAAGAAAUUCAGGAUCAUUCUGGGACUCGCAAGUCUAUAAACUCGGAGCUGUGGUACGCAUGUGCUGGUCCACUUGUUUCCUUGCCUCAGGUUGGAAGUCUUGUGUAUUAUUUUCCUCAAGGACACAGCGAACAGGUGGCAGUUUCCACUAAAAGAACAGCAACAUCACAAAUUCCCAACUACCCAAAUCUCCCUUCUCAGUUGCUUUGCCAAGUUCACAAUGUUGCCCUACAUGCAGACAAAGAUACGGACGAGAUCUAUGCUCAAAUGAGUCUUCAACCAGUGAACUCUGAAAAGGAUGUCUUCCCCAUACCAGAUUUUGGACUAAAGCCCAAUAAACAUCCAAGUGAAUUUUUCUGCAAAACCUUGACAGCCAGUGAUACUAGCACACAUGGUGGAUUCUCAGUCCCACGAAGGGCAGCAGAAAAGCUGUUUCCCCCAUUGGAUUACACUAUGCAACCACCAACUCAAGAACUUGUUGUUAGAGACUUGCAUGAUAGUACCUGGACAUUUCGCCAUAUAUAUCGCGGGCAACCUAAGCGGCACCUUCUUACAACUGGGUGGAGUGUAUUUGUUGGUUCAAAACGGCUUAAAGCGGGCGAUUCUGUUCUGUUUAUCAGGGAUGAAAAAUCACAGUUAUUGGUGGGCGUUAGACGUGCAAAUCGUCAACAAACAACACUACCAUCUUCAGUUCUAUCUGCUGAUAGCAUGCAUAUUGGUGUCCUUGCUGCUGCAGCUCAUGCUGCUGCCAAUCGGAGCCCAUUUACCAUUUUUUACAAUCCUAGGGCAUGCCCCUCGGAGUUUGUCAUUCCUUUAGCGAAAUACAGAAAAUCUGUGUAUGGGACUCAAGUUUCAGUUGGUAUGAGGUUUGGAAUGAUGUUUGAAACAGAGGAGUCAGGCAAACGCAGAUAUAUGGGCACCAUAGUUGGUAUUAGUGACUUUGAUCCACUCAGAUGGCCUGGUUCCAAAUGGCGAAAUCUUCAGGUAGAGUGGGAUGAGCCAGGGUGUUCUGAUAAGCAGAAUAGGGUUAGCUCAUGGGAAAUUGAGACUCCUGAAAGUCUCUUCAUUUUUCCUUCUCUGACUUCUGGUCUCAAACGACCUUUGCAUUCAGGAUUUAUAGGAGGGGAAACUGAAUGGGGGAACUUGAUAAAAAGACCCCUUGUCUGGCUUCCUGGAAAUGGAAAUGGGAACUUUUCAUAUUCUUCAAUUCCAAACCUAUCUUCUGAGCGAUUAUUUAAGAUGCUAAUGAAACCUCAAGAAGUUAACCAUCAGAUCUGUGAGUCUGCUCAACAAGAAGUCUCUGCUGCCAAGGUUCCUUCUUUAGACGAUGUUAAGACCAUGCAGGGAAUAGUCAAUCAGAUGCCUCAGCUUAACCAGUCAGUAGUUAUGUCAGUAGGAAACCAAAAUUAUUCCCAGUUCUGCUCCAACCGAUCGGAUGUACCUGGGGAGUUGCAUCCCCCUUGCGAUGUUGAAAAUCAAACAUCAGAUGGAGUUAGUAUAGAAAGGCUAAAAUCCGAACUUGACCAUUCUACAGAUCAGUUAAGCCAUGUAACCUCAAUCGGAGAAUGCAAUGAGGAAAAAUCCUCCUCAAGUCCUACAAAUCUGCAGAACUACAAUAACCAGCUGCAGUUUCAAAAUCAGAACCAGGCUCAAUUGCAUGCACAAAGCAGUCUCUGGCCUGCACAGCCACUCUUGGAACCUCCUGUUCUGCACCCCCAGCAUAUUAUCAUGCUCCAAGCUGAUUCUAAUACCCUAAAUGGCUCACUUCCUUUCCUAGAUACUGAUUAUGAAUGGAUAUCAAACCCUUCAUCUUGCACACCUCUCCCUGGGGUGUUUGGAUCACCGGGGUCUUUGUCAAUAUUUGGGUUGCAAGAACAAUCAGCUAUUCUCUCAGAUGCAAUCAACCCCUCUAUACCUUUAAUGAAUCAGGAUUUGUGGGAUCAGCAGCUGAGCAAUUUAAGAUAUUUAUCCCCAGCAAGCCAACUCAUUCCUUCGGCUCAGCAAGAACCCUGUAGCCUUAACUCAAGAGGAGGAAAAGAUUUAUCAGAUGAGAGCAAUAAUCAAAGUGGUAUUUAUGGCUCUCUUAAUAUUGAUGUUGGCAAUGGGGGGAGUGCUGUAAUUGGUCCUUCUGUGUCAAAUGCUAUUUUGGAUGAAUUCUGUACAUCAAAGGUGCAUGAUUUCCAAAAUCCUUCAGAUUGUUUGGUUGCCAACUUUAGCUCGAGCCAGGAUCUUCAGUCUCAGAUUACUUCAGCAAGCCUGGCAGACUCGCAAGCUUUCUCACAGCAGGACUUUCCAGACAGCUCAGGUGGUACGUCUUCAAGCAAUGUAGAUUUUGAGAAGGGCAAUUACAUGCAGAAUAACUCAUGGCAGCAAGUUGCUCCACGAGUGCGAACAUAUACAAAGGUUCAAAAAGCAGGCUCAGUGGGGAGAUCAAUCGAUGUCUCAAGUUUUAAAAACUAUGAAGAAUUAUGUUCUGCAAUUGAAUGCAUGUUUGGACUGGAGGGGCUGCUCAACAAUCCAAGAGAGUCGGGGUGGAAGCUGGUGUAUGUGGACUAUGAGAAUGAUGUUCUACUUAUUGGAGAUGAUCCUUGGGAGGAGUUUGUUGGCUGCGUCCGUUGCAUAAGGAUUCUGUCACCCUCAGAAGUUCAGCAGAUGAGCGAGGAGGGAAUGAAGCUUCUUAACAAUGCCAAUAUCCAGGGCCUUGCUUCUUCCAUCACAGAAGGCAGCCGCGCUUGAGAUAGAACAAUGGCCUUGGCCAAGUAACUCUUCUUUUACUGGGUGGAGGCAUCUUCUUCGAAUGGUCGCGUCUCAAUAAACUCUUACCGAGUUAUGAUACCACGGUAGUGGUUAGGGAUGUGGGAACCAGUCUCUGUUAGGAUGGCUUUAAAUGUAUGUAUUAAUAUGAGAUGACAUUUGUUCAUGUCUUGACUAAUUUAUGAGAUACCUUAUUAUAGAUCCUUCCCAUCAA